UUUCCCCCAUAAUUAUCCGAAGACCAGAGAGUUCCGAGUCGGCUGCAACAAUGGCGACCGUAACAUCGUCGUCGUCUUGUUCAUCGGCUCUCUUUCUCCACCAUCUUCUCCGACAUCCUAAGCAGUCUUCUUCCGUCUGUCUGUUCGUUAGACCCUUUUGCGCGUCCACAUUCACCCAGAAAGCCAAUCAGCAUCUCGAGCCUCGCUUCCGUUCCUUCCUUGCGUCUUUCAGCUCGCCUUCACUUCCUCCUUUGUCUUCCUCUAUCUCGCUCUCUGGCUCUCUCUCCUCACUCUUCAUUUCGAGAACUUACUCUUCUGUUCCCGAACCAGAACUCGGGGAAGACGAAGAUAAUGCGUCUUUAUCUGCCCUAAGCGUGGAAGAAGAAGAAGAAGAGGAUAGUCUGGAUCCUGCGCUGCUUUCUCUGGUAGAAAGUGAAGAUUUGGGAGUAUCGGAAGGGGAUAAGGAGGAGAAAAAGGCGAAGCCACGAAAUUCGGGGCUGAAAAUGACGGUGAAGGAGAAGAAGGAGCUGUCUUCUUACGCCCACAGUCUGGGGAAGAAGCUCAAGUGUCAGCUCGUCGGCAAAUCGGGUGUCACCGAUACUGUUGUUUCCUCCUUCCUAGAGACUCUGGAGAAGAACGAGCUCUUAAAGGUUAAGAUUCACAGGACGUGUCCGGGGGAGCUGGAGGACGUGGUUCAGAAUCUAGAGGAAGCCACCGGUUCAGUGGUGGUGGGGCAAAUAGGGCGGACAGUGAUAGUGUACAGGCCCAGUCUCACCAAAAUGAGAGCCGAGGAGAAAAGGAAGGAGAACCAGAGGACGUUCCUGAAAAGAACGCCACCGAAGGCCUUCUCCCCAUCGUCUAGAAAGGAUUAUGCAGCCACCAGAUCAAGCGGGCGCGGGCGCAGAGGAGGUAGCAGGGUUGCGACGGCUUGAUUCCCUUGGAAUUGUUCUGCAUGAGUUCCUGGAAACAGGUAAAUGUGCGGCUUGUUGCCUCAUCUUCUGCAUACAGGGAAAUGAUCACUACUCGAAUGAAACAGGCAAAACUUUCUGUAGGAGAGAGACGAGCAUCUGCUAAGCAUUUUCAUUUGUCCAAAGGCGUUUUCUCAUUCAACAAGAAUAUGGAUUACAAUACAGUUGGAUCUAUAUUUAAUUGAAUCGAAUCUUUUAUCUGUUCUA